AUGAUGUUCUCUCUCUCCACUCUCCUUACCGGCGUGAUCGCCGCUGGCAGCGUGCUGGCCUCACCCAUUGCUACUCCCGCCGCCGCCGCCGCCGCCGCCUCCACGUCCUGCGCAACGCCGGUGGCCACCGUUACGACACCUGCUCUGCACCUUGUCUGCCGCUUCGCCUGCGUCAAGCCCACAGCUACCUGCGCUCCGGGGCAGCCCACAGCCCCGGUUCCCAGCCCGCCGACGACAUCUACCAUUGCACCUGCCGGUGCCUGUACUGUUACGCUAGAGGUGUUUUCAACUCCGGCCUGCAAUAACUGCGCUACGUGCGUCAGCCCCGCCGCCACUCUCCAGGCGAGGGAGACACAACAGCCGUCCAUCUGA